GGAGGCGUCGUCGCCUCGGGCUCUGCCCGGGGAGCGACCGGUCCCGGUGCGCCGCCCGCAGCUCCAGGACUGCCGCGGACAGGGACGGGUGGGACCUUCUGCUGCCCCGAAAAUCUCAAGUUCCUAGAAGUUUCAGUGCACACCUGAGGUUGGCUUAUGCUGAUUUGAAGGGUCCAAUUGGGCUACAGUGAAUUCUGACACUAUCUUUUCAGAAAUUGGUGGCAGUUUAUAUAAAGGAAGCAUUGGGACUUGUGGCCACACCCUUCAAGAAUAAAAAAAAAAAAUAGAAAAUGGAACAACCAUGUAUGUUAUGUGAGGAAGAACAAGAGCCAGAACCACGGAAGAGUGUAGAAGAAACCAAACAAGUAGAUGAUGAAGAUGCUGAGCUGAUCUUUGUUGGGGUGGAACAUGUAAAUGAAGAUGCUGAGCUGAUCUUUGUUGGAGUGACUUCAAAAUCAAAACCAGUCGUUUCAAACAUUUUGAACAGAGUCACCCCAGGUUCAUGUUCAAGGAGAAAAAAGUAUGGUCACCUUAGAAAAGAUAAUGCUCAGAAGUUGCAGCCUAUAAGUCAGGUAACCCCUACAUCAGAAGUAACUGUCUUGCCACUUUCAGAAUCUGAAUCAAGAUCAACAGAUAGUCCUAUAAUUAUUGAGCCUUUGUCUAAACCUAAUUAUAAAAAUAAUUCAUCACAAGUUGUGCCUCAUAGCUCUUCAGAGUUAUGUUCUGCUUUGAACACAUUCACAAGUUCAUUGCAGCAUCCAGUAGGAACAGCACUUUCUGUAGGAGGUAUGAAGAAAAAUCUUUGUGUGUCAAAGCGACAUUCCACCUCUGAAGUAAACAGCGUAAAUUCCAAAAGGCCUAAACUCAGUGAUGGAAUCAUCCGGGGACAUUCUUCAGCUUUGUCCCCUUCAGGUAUCUUUCAUACAAUGACUACUCAGCAAAGCACACCCUCAAACGGUGUUCAUACCUCGUUAAGCUAUGUUCAGAAUGGAGCACCUUUUCCAACAGCUUUUCCAAAGGACAGUGUCCAUUUCAAGCCUAUAAAUCCUGUUAGGGAAGAUAGACUGGAAGAAAAAGACUUUUUGAGUCUAGCAAGUGAAAACAAGACUGUUGAUCCCAAGAAAGGAAAUCUGAUCGUGUUACUUCAUGACUUUUACUACGGACAGCAUGAAGGAGACGGGCAGCCAGAACAGAAGACGCAUACAACCUUUAAAUGCCUCAGCUGCUUGAAAGUUCUAAAAAAUGUCAAGUUUAUGAACCACAUGAAGCACCAUUUAGAACUUGAGAAGCAGAGGGGUGACAGCUGGGAAAACCACACCACCUGCCAGCACUGCCAUCGGCAGUUUCCCACUCCCUUCCAGCUGCAAUGUCACAUUGAAAGUGUACACACUACCCAGGAGCCCUCUGCUGUCUGUAAAAUUUGUGAAUUGUCGUUUGAAACAGAUCAGGUUCUCUUACAGCACAUGAAGGACAAUCAUAAACCUGGAGAAAUGCCCUAUGUGUGCCAGGUUUGCAAUUACAGAUCGUCGGCCUUUGCUGAUGUGGAAACACACUUCAGAACAUGCCAUGAAAACACUAAGAAUUUGCUUUGUCCGUUUUGUCUCAAAAUUUUCAAAACUGCAACACCAUACAUGUGUCACUAUAGAGGACACUGGGAAAAGAGCGUUCACCAGUGUUCCAAGUGCAGGCUACAGUUUUUAACUUUCAAGGAAAAAAUGGAGCACAAGACCCAGUGUCAUCAAAUGUUUAAGAAACCUAAGCAACUAGAAGGAUUGCCUCCUGAGACAAAGGUGGUUAUUCAGGUGUCACUGGAACCUCUUCAACCAGGAUCAGUGGAAGUAGCAUCCGUUACUGUGAGCACAUCUGAAACUGAACCAUCACCCCCUAGAUCUAAGGUUAGAAUUUCAAAAAACCCCCGUUAAUUUAGUUUCAGUAAAUCCAAAGCAAGUAUUUCAAUCAAAGUAAAAAACUCAUAAAAACAAAAAAAAAAAUACAAAUCAUACAUUAUUAAAUAGUAUCAAAAAUAGACCAAUGGAUAAUUUGAGUAUUUUUAAAUUCAUGAAAUACAAUAUUAUUUUCAGUAUGAAUUAUUUCAAUAUGAAUGAUGUGAAUUUUGAGCUAUUUAAAAAUAUAUUACCUGAUUUAUGAAUUUUGAGCUGUUAUUUAAAAAUAUAUUACCUGAUUUUUAUGUAACUAUCUGGCUUAACACAUAAAAGGUGUUGCGUGUGUGUGUGUGUGUGUGUGUGAGUGAGUGUGAGAGAGAGAGAGAGAGAGAGAGAGAGACAGGAAAAAAAGUGGGAACCUAUUUAUUAUUUUGGUAUUUCAUGUUACUGGUAAAUUUGAAAGCUCUUCUAUGUAUAGAAUCUUUAGAGUUUUUAAGUACUUAUUUUUAUUUUCAACUUUUUCCAUGCCUUGAAGAUUUCAAUAUUAACUGUAGUCAGACUGGAAUGGCAUUGCUGUGGCAUGGUCCCGUUUGUUGCUGAACUCCCAGAAGUGCCUCUGUUGUGUCGGUCUAAAAUAACCUGUCUCUGAAAGCUGUCGCAUGAGUGGGAACCAGAAACUGGGAGAUUAGUCAAUGCAGAGCAGUGACUGCUUGUCCCAUUUGAGGGAGAGGUAUACGUUCAGUCCAGUUUUGGAACCUAGGCAGAAGGAAUGCUGUCUUGAGUGUCUUUACCUAGCCCAAGAACAUCCAAAGAAGCAAAACCAUCUAAAUAAAAUGCCUGUGUUUGGCGAGGGGCCUCUUCAGACAUCAAGCAACCAUUGUGUAUCAUUGGCUUCAGACGGCGAAGCAGAGGUAAUUAAUAGAAUGGGCCUGGUGCCAGUCCAGCUCCUGUUGAGUGAUUCAAAGAGGAAUUCGAUUUGUUCCCUCCCUUCUCCCUUUAGGCUCGGCCUUUAAUCAGAAGCAACUAGCCAUAUUCCUCUUAGCUGCAGCAAUAAAGCAAGUAAAGUUUCCCAAGGGAAAGAAGCCCUGACAUCUAUAGUUUGACUUGUACUGCACCCAUAGUUUUAACUGAAAAAGGGCAAACAAAUGAUAUCUGUCCAGAACUAACUAAAUUUAGUUCUCUUACUGUUAAGCUGGAGUGGGCAUUGUCCAGGAACAGUAGGUACAGUGGAUGAAAGUAGCCCAGGGGGACUGACUAAAAUUAAACCCUUUAUAGAGCUUUUCCUUAUGUUUUCCAAGUACAUGCAUUUUACCCAAGUUGAACAUGUGAAGUUUGCAAGUUUGUAUCUUGCCUUGCAGCAAAUAUAUUACAGUUUGUAACAGUUAUUCUCUUGUUGAGUGUAUAAUUUUUCAUUUUAUCAAACUAAUAUUGAGUUUGGGUCUUAGUUGACACACUCUAAUGUGUAAGAAAUAUACCAUUUAUUUCAGUAAGUAUUAGGUCUUAGAGUUUCUAACCUUCAUCUAAUCGAUUGAAGUAUUGAAUCUGUGACAGUACUAUGGAGAAGCCUUUUUCCCUUGCUGUCUCCAAGCGCUCUUUCACAGAACUGUGGAGUACCCUCAGAGUAUUGGUUCCUGAACAUCAGCGGCCUUAGCUGCUUCUGUGGGUUCCCAAGGUUAAGUCUCCCUUGGCAUGUUCUAGUGCCAUCCUUCCUCCACCUUUGACCCAGGUACCUAGCAGCCUCUGUGCACUACUGAAGGAGAUCUGGGAUCCUGGCUGUAGACCUAAGCCAGGAGAAAUCUCUCCUUUUUUCUCUUGGUUUCUCCUCCUCCUUAAAGGCACCUUACCUCUCCUCACUCCUUUCUUCCCUCCUCAAUCUAAGUUAAAUUCCCUAAGCUUUCACAAAAAGUUGGGAAGUGAGAGUCAUCAAGGACUUAGCAUCCCUUUGAGAAUUGGGGAGGAAGGACUACAGAUAACAAAGUAGUUGUGAGUAUAUUGUCUGUGUUUUAGAUGAUUUCCUGAGUGUAGAUUCUGUUGUAUUUGUUUGCUCAAUGUUUGAUUGAUUGAUUUGCACUUGGAAUAUUUUACUAGACCUUUUCAGUUAGAUUGCUUGGGCCAAGGCACUUUGCUAAAAUGUAGCCUGAACCCCUUUCUUUAGGUGUGGAGAGAGAGAAUGAGAGUGUGUGUGUGUGUUCCACUUGUUCUGGUCUCAGGUGGAAACUUUUGUAUAAAUAGAUCUGCAGACUUCUGCAUGUUUAUUUCCCUUAUUGUGUUUCUGUAGUAAACAUAUGAAAUGUUUUAGUUCUUUGUUUUUGUGGUUGCUUAUUAUUAUCAACACCAUUACUAUUGUUUGCUGUUUCACUAAAGUAUGCUCCUAAGGAGUGCAAAUUGUUAUUUAUUGCCAACUACCAGGUUCCAGUGAUAUGGCCCCUGUCUACCUCCUUUUUUCCAUUCUCUGCCAUUCUGCUCUACCAUUUUCCCUACUGUUGCACUAUUUUUGACACACUGGCCUUGCUUUUCCUCAAACAAAUCACAUUUCUUCCCGAUUGAAAGACUUUGCAACUGCUGUUCUCUUUCUUAGGAUGCUCUUCUCCUAGGCCUGCAUGGCUUGCUACCUCGCUUAAUUGUUUGACACUUCCUUUGGUGUAUUGAACUUCACCAGUAUUCUUAAUAUGACACUGACAAUGAAAUCUCCACUUCCUCACCGUUUUUUUCUCUUUCUCCUUCAAGGCACUUUAAGUCUCCCCAUUCCUUUCUUCCCUCUCCAAUCUAGUUUUUUUGUAGCUUUUCACAAAAAGCUGGGAAGAGGUAAUCAUCAAGGGCUUUGCCUCUGUCUUAGAAUUGAGCUAGCUUGAGUCAAUUUCUGUGCCUGCAACCAAAAGAAAAUUAAUGUAGUGAGUUGAGUUCUUUCCAGAGCUUUCUCUGUUUUUCUAUUGAUACCUCUAUAUUUUUUUAAAGCGAUGUCACUUUGUUUUGUUUACAAAUAUAUUAAAUAUGUGCCAAGAUUACUAUUUUGUUAUUGCCCAUUGUGAAUUCCCUUGUCUAUUUUGCUUGCUUGUUCUUUCAGAUAAAAUUUAUUAUUUUAUUAAUGUUGCCAGAAAUUGUAAGUAAAAUAGCAAUUAUACUAAU